AUGGAAGAGCCUACAGACGAUGGCAUUCGAGAGCUGAUGUACCAGCUGGAAAAUGCAGCAAUCAAGUGUUCUGAGCGAUGUCUCUAUCAAUCGUCAAAAUGGGCUGCCGAAAUGCUUGAUUCUUUACGACCUUUGGAUCACGAUGAUACCGAUCUCGAAUCUCCCAUGGAUACGACGGAUCCGCCCGCUCCACCAAUCAAUCCCUAUCUACGAGUCCGGGACCCAGCAGAAGCCGCUCUCGAAUCGCAAGAAGCACACAAAUAUCUGCUGGCCAAGUCUUACUUCGAUACUCGUGAAUACGACCGCUGCGCGGCUGUUUUUCUCCCUCCGACUACACCCCCGGUUCCUUUAUCUGUAACUUCACCCAAUUCUAAGCCUAAACCUCCAAGGGCCUCAACCAAGGGCAAGGAUAAAGCUUCACCGUUUCAAAGCUCGAAGACCAAAAAGGACCAGCCAAACCAAAAUCCAUACCCAAAGCUCAGUCAAAAAUCGCUUUUCCUUGCUCUCUAUUCCAAAUACCUGGCUGGGGAAAAGCGGAAAGACGAGGAGACGGAGAUGGUACUAGGCCCAGCAGAUGGCGGUAUGGCGGUCAAUCGAGAACUGUCGGGGCUCGCAAGAGGUCUGGAUGGAUGGCUGUCAGAAAGAAGCGCACAAGGGCUAGACGAUCGAGGACAAGGUUGGCUCGAGUAUCUUUAUGCUGUUGUGCUGUUAAAAGGGCGGAACGAAGACCUGGCAAAGAAAUGGCUCAUUCGCUGUGUGCAUCAAAACCCAUAUCAUUGGGGUGCCUGGCAAGAAUUGAACGACCUUUUGGGCAGCACAGAAGAUUUGAAACAAAUCUUGGAACUUCUGCCGCAAAACGUCAUGAGCUUAAUAUUCUAUGUCUACUGCAGCCAGGAGCUGUACCAGGCCACGGAAGACACAUAUCGUUCCCUAUCCGAACUUCAAUCAAUGUUCCCAGAGAGCGCAUUCCUCAAAACACAACAUGCAUUGCUGUUGUACCAUUCCAAAGACUUUGAGGAAGCAUCCCACAUCUUUGAAGACAUCUUGGCAACCUCUCCCCACCGCCUAGACAGUCUAGAUCACUAUUCCAACAUUCUAUACGUGAUGGACCAUCGACCUCAGCUUGCCUUUGUUGCCCAGGUCGCAACCGCCACCGACAAGUUCCGUCCAGAAACAUGCUGUGUCGUCGGCAACUACUAUUCAUUGAAAUCAGAGCAUGAGAAGGCAGUUAUGUACUUCCGCCGAGCCCUCACUCUCGAUCGCAACUUCUUGUCCGCAUGGACCCUCAUGGGCCACGAAUAUAUCGAAAUGAAAAAUACACACACCGCCAUCGAGUCCUACCGCCGCGCCGUUGACGUCAACCGCAAGGACUACCGCGCGUGGUAUGGUCUCGGUCAAGCCUAUGAAGUUCUGGAUAUGUCUUUCUACGCGUUGUUCUACUACCAACGUGCAGCAGCUCUUCGUCCCUACGAUCCCAAAAUGUGGCAAGCAGUCGGCUCCUGUUAUGCAAAGAUGGGGCGCGUGGAUCAGAGUAUCCAAGCUCUCAAGCGCGCGUUGGUAGCCGGGUCAUUGCAGCCAGAUGAUGCCGGUCAACCUGGCACAGGCGCAAGUCCUGGCUCCGGAUUUCGCAAAAUUCUCGACCCGGAAACCCUGCAUCAAAUCGCGACCUUGUAUGAGCGACUUGGCGACGAGGAAGAGGCUGCUGCAUAUAUGGAACUCACUCUGCAACAAGAGUCCGGUGCUCCUGUGAACGAAAAUUCUGACGCCGAGUCCUCAUCUGACUCGGAGAGUGGCAUCCCAAGCGAUGCCGAAAUCGAGCAUUCGGGUGAUGAAGAUUCAGAUAGACCACAAAGGAACCGUCGCCAGCGUAAGCCUCGCGCCAAAGCUGAGUCCUUCGCCAAUCAGAAUGAUGACUCCAUCGUCAGCGAGACUUGGAACGGUACCGGCGUUACGGCGACCACAUCCAAGGCACGAUUGUGGUUAGCGCAGUAUGCGUCACGCAAUGGUGACCUCGACCGGGCGGACCAGCUGGCGGGUGAGUUGUGUCAGGAUGGAAUAGAAGUGGAGGAGGCCAAAGCGUUGAUGCGAGAUGUGCGAGCGAGAAGGGAAAACACGAGCUAA